AAGAAUGACAAUCCCCUCCCCCACUCUUGGAGCCCUUCCUGCUUACCUCCCUGUGCAACUUGCGAGCCUUGUAAACCCACUCUCAUUACUCUCCGAUGAUGCCCGUAGCUGCUCGUCGACCAGAAUAUUAUAAUGCUCUUGGUCUCACUUUCGACGCUACAGACGAAGAUAUCAAAACUGCAUACAAGAAACUGGCCCUUCAAUGGCACCCCGACCGUCAUCAGAUCGGGAAAGAACACGCAGCGCAGAUGUUUGUUGAAGUCAACACUGCCUACCACUCCUUGAUGGAUGGCACAGAAGGCAUGGUUCCUUCCUGUGGAGACAGUGUCUCGCCGUUAUCUACGCCCACGGAAAGUGGCACAGCCAAAAGCUCUUCCGCGGAGCCACGACCACAAGCCAAUGCACAGUUAUCCCGUCAUACAAAGUCGUCAGGCUCACACAAGAGUGAGCAGACACUCAAUCAGUUCUCCUCCACUUUCGUUCCUGGCUCUGACGCCGAAAAACUUUCCCAGCCUUGUUCGUCAGACGACAAAAACACUCAUUAUGCCUCACACGAUCAUCACUCCAAGCUAAAGCACCACUCCCAUAAGCCUUCUAGCACUGGCAGCAAUGGCUCUCGUUCCCGCUCCCGAACAAAAUCAUACGAUAACUUACGUGAUUUACCAUCUGCACAUGAUCAAGCGCCGUCGUACGCCACGAGCGCUAGCCGUUCUCAUAGUAGUCGCACGAACGUUCCCCACUCAAAGUCACAUGACAAUUUGCGUGAUCAUUCGCACGAGCCACGAUCAGGACAAGCGCUUGCUCCGGUCUCACGCGACCCGAAGUCGGAGACUUCGAGCCGGUCUAAAAACAACCAAGGGGCUGGAUCUACCUCCAUAUAUUCCAAAGGUCGCACACGCGUUCCGAACGGUGCGAAAUCAUUGCGAAGUCAAACAGGCAAUUUCUCGCGGCCUGUAAUUCCACCGACAUCAUCUAAGUUACACAAACUGUCUCGGCGCGGACUGGGAGAGGAACUACUCCAAAAGCUUUCCAAGGGGUCAUCAAAGUACAAAAAAGAAGAGGGUUCAACUUACUCAGACAACGCUCCCACGUAUGGUUCCCCAUUACGACCCCUUGGUGCGCCUCGAGGCACAUCCAAGGAGUGGCUGUUUCCACUUCCGCUGACCCUUCACGAGAUGUAUCAUGGGACGGCUUUCCAAUUUCUCAUCACACGGGAGUUGUUAUCCCGCAAAACAGAGCAAGUCGAAAUCUAUAUCGAUGUACCUCCGGGUAUUCGAAGCGGAACUAGGAUUGUCUGUCCCCGUACAGGUCACCAGCGGAAGGACGGGACUCUCCAGGACGUAAUCUUCGUGGUUGAAGAGGUACCUCAUGGUGGUUUCACUAGGGUAAAAGAUGACCUGUUUGUGGACAUUUGCGUGCCAUGGGUGGAGACUCUCGCCGAGCUAGGGGCCGAUAUUUGUAUAGACGGCAUGGAUGGGGAAGAAAUUGUUUUCGCACUGCCCUAUCCAAUCUACGACAAGUCCACCGAAGGGCAAUUACUGGUUAAAGGAGCGGGCAUGCCGAUUCGGGAAGGUCGAAAGACGGUGGGACGCGGUGAUUUGAUUGUCAGAUGGCAGGUGGUGUUCUCGCACCCUAGCAAAUGGGAGAACUUUAAGAAAGCUCUGCGCAUCAAGGUUUAAUCAAUUGGGAAGUACAUUAUGAUUGCGAUGGACAUCUUAUGGGAAUAUGUAAACAUAUUGCAUUGAACGCAUGACGGCGUUAUAUGUCAGGAGGCAUCGGAAUACGCAACUAGCAAUGUAUAGUAUUCAUCAAGUAUAUGCCAUGGACAUUAUCAUUACGGAAUAAAACACUCAUUGUAUCACUUCAAUUCACGCACAGGAAGCACAGUACCAGCCACAGUCACAUUUCGGUCCAACA